AUGUUGAGGAAGAGAGCUGAGGAUAUGAAAUGGUUCAAGGAAAAACGUCUAAAUGACGGUGUAUUGAGGCAUCCUGCAGAUAGUGAUGAAUGGAAGGAAUUCGAUACACAACAUCCUGAAUUUGCCUUGGAGCCUCGGAAUGUGAGGCUAGGGUUGGCUACUGAUGGUUUCAACCCUUUCAGAAAUAUGAAUAACUCAUAUAGUUUGUGGCCUGUCGUACUCAUUCUGUACAACUUGCCACCGUGGUUGGCUAUGAAGGACCCAUUUUUCAUGCUAUCAUUACUUAUUCCUGGUGAAUCACAACUAGGAAUUGAUAUUGAUGUCUACAUGAUACCUUUAGUGAAAGAAUUGAAUGAAUUAAGGAAAAAUGAUACAUUAACCUAUGAUGCCUUGACUGGUGAGACUUUCUGCAUGCGUGCAGCUUUGCUGUGGAUGAUACAUGAUUGGCCCGCAUUUGGUGACAUAUCUGGAUGGAGAACAAAGGGUCAUUACUCUUGUUACACUUGCAAUGAUGAGCCAUAUUUUGAAUCUCUAAGAAGUAAGACUGCGUACAGUAACCAUCGAUGCUACUUGCCUGAUGACCAUCCAGAAAGGCAAAAGAGUAGAGCAUAUAAUGGCAAGCAUGAAAAAUGGAAGAGAUCUUUGGUGAUACCAAUAGAAAAGAUUGAAAAACAAUUAGGCAAUGUGACGGGUGUCACAUAUGGAAAACAUCCAAGCAACAGGAAAAGACCUCGUCAGAACCCAAAUUGGACAAAGGUAAGCAUCUUGUAUGAGCUACCGUAUUGGAAGAAAAGGAGGCUUCGACAGAACAUUGAUGCCAUGCAUGUGGAGAAGAACUUUAGUGAAAAUGUUUUUGGAACGAUGUUGGGAAUUGAUGCGAAGAACAAGGAUACAGAUAAGGCACGAAUGGAUUUAGAAGAUAUGAAUAUAAGGAAAGAUUUGUGGCUGACAAAAAAUCUCGAUGGAUCAUAUGUGAAGCCUCGAGCCAGCUUCUCACUGACCCCUAAAGAGAGAGAGCGUUUCUUUGAAUUCUUGAAAUCAGUCAAGUAUCCAGAUGGGUACACGAAAAACAUAUCGAGAUCAAUGAAUGCAAAAAAUGCCUUCUUCGAUGUGAUGGUUCAUUUGGCCAUUCACUUGCCACGUGAGACUAUUCUCGGAGGACCUGUGCAAUAUCGGUGGAUGUACCCGAUUGAAAGGUUUCUUGGAGCUUUGAAAAAGUUUGUCACCAAUCGAGCUCGAUCAGAAGGUUCUAUUGCAGAGGCUUACAUUGUCAAGGAGUGCAUUACUUUUUGCUCAAUGUAUCUUGAAGGGAUUGAAACCGCGCGUAAUCGAGAUGCACGAAAUGAAGAUUAUGGAGUCCGUCAUGAAGGUUUAAUAAUAUUCACCGAAACUGCUCGUCCUGUUGGCCAAAUCAGAAAGCAUGUUGUGAUGUCACAGGAACUUUGUAAUAUUGCUCAUUGGUUCUUAUUAUGCAAUAGCCCUGAGAUAGAGAAGUUUCUUCAGUACAUGUUUCUUAUAAUUAUAUAUAUUUUAACAAUUUUCAUGUUAUUAGUCAUUAAUAAUAGUAGUAUUUCACUCAUUAACCAAAACUAUUUGAGUAAGGAACACAAGAAUUUGUUACAAAUUCCCACUGGACAAGAUAUAACUCAAAUACAACAGAAGGAAUUUCUGAAGUGGUUCAAAGAAUAUAUAAAUAGAUUGAGAGUUGAUGAGGCACUAGAAGCAACUGAAGAAUUGUGGUCAUUGGCGAAUGGUCCUAAUUUGCUAGUGAAAGAGUACUCAGGUUGUAUAAUCAAUGGUGUAAGAUUCCAUACAAAGGAAUUAGACAAUCGUCGUAAGAGUCAAAACAGUGGUGUGCUUACCAAAGGGGACUACAAGGGAGAGAUGCACGAAUUCUACGGCCACUUGUGCAAUAUUUGGAAAUUUGAGUGCAUGUGUCAAAAUAAAGUUGUUUUGUUUCAAUGUGAAUGGUACAACACCGGUAACACUGGUAGAAGUAGAACAGUACGAGAUGACACAUAUUCCACAAGCAUCGAUGCCACAAGCCGAUGGUAUCAAUCUGACCCUUUUAUCUUGCCUAGUCAAGCUAAACUAGUGUUCUACCUGAAUGACACGAAAUGGGGGCAACCUUGGCAAGUCGUGCAACAGGUCCAACAUAGAGGUGUGUUUGAUGUGCCAGAGGUUGGUGAUGGAGAACCACCAGAUCAACCAGAAUUGAAUGAUGCAUUCCAACAAGAAAACAUUAACUCAGUUGUCCCGAUCAACAUUGAAGAUAUUAUUCGAUUUCAUAGGGAUGAUAUUGAAGCUGAGGUUAUUCCAAAUAAAACAAAGAGAGAUGGUAGAGAUAACGAAGAAGAUGAAGAACUUGGCAUACUUGAUGAUGAUAUGGAUUAUGAUAUGUAG